AUGGAGGUGUGUGCUCAACCGGUUCAACCCCCUCGACAAUUGACAAACGUCGCCGCCUACCUUGCCGACCUGUCAGUACAGGCUGACAAUCUCGUGAGCCUCUUGCACGAGAUUCAACAGACCGACCUUCAAACAGAAUCAGGAGGACAUGGUUACCAUUGUCUCGUUCCACCGAACCAGUUCUUUCCGUCAUCACAAGCUGGCACUCGCCCGGGCUCUUUUCGACCAUUUCACCAAGCCGGUGCAGGAGCUCUCGACUCGGCAGUCGCUGUCGCGUGCCCCCCGCCUGGCGAGUUUGUUCAGUCGCCACAGGCUGAGAAUCUCGCAACCUGUCUGCGCCUUCAGACAGAUCGUCCAUCGAGUUCAGUAGCCCCGGGAUCCGAUUUCGCCAAUGCGCGCAGCUUUCCUGGCCAGGCCUUUCAGUGUGCAGGGGCCAACUUUCGGCCGGGACAGCCGAUGGCACCAGGAAGAUGGUUGAAUCCGCAAGGUUCCGGCUAUGCAGCGCAGCCUGCGGUGCAGAUUGCGACUCACCCAAAGCCUUCAUCCCGAGACGCCGGCUGCACGGAGCAGAAAGUUCAGGAGAUCUCUGAGCCCAACGUGCCCGCGCCUCCUGCUCGUUCAAAGGGCUCCCAUGAACUCGGCCUCUGCGAGCGCUACAACGCCGGCUCUCUCGGACACCCUGAGCUCUGUCGGAAGCCCUGCCUGUUCCAUGAGAGGGGCGAAUGUGACAACGGCGCUGCUUGCGGAUAUUGUCACUUCCCACAUCUGAGGCGACCAGCAGUGCCCGACAGAUGUCAGCGAAAUUUGAUUCGCAGACUAAGCCUGCCACAGCUCCUUGUUUGCGUGGUGCCGCAUGUUCGCACCCGUGCAAGCAAAGCUGGGCUUGCCGCAGCUGUGUCCGCGGUUAUAGA